GAGGUGUUUUUGCUGACAGCCAUUUUGUGGCUUCUGCUGCAGUUAAAAUGGUUUAACAUUCAUCUGCUUCUGCGGGGUAGUUAGGUGAGGAUGGUUUUAGUGCUACCUGGCAUAUGGCUCAUCCAGAGGAGUGUGUGUGUGUGUGUGUGCUUGUGUGUGUGUGUGUGUAUGUGUGUGUGUAGGACUGCACAGUGCAGCUUUAAGGCCAUCAUUUUCUAUUAUGGCUACCCUACACAUGGUACUCUAUGGUUGUCCUAGCUGAACACAUGCUUCUGCCAUCCGUGCAUUGAUGAUUAUUGACAAAUUAAGGACAGAAAGAUUUUUAAUCUGUAUUUUGAUAACCAAGUAGAAGUUCAUAAUAUUCUCUUCAAAAUGAAAUAAGCUCUUUGAUGUGGACAAGGUAAAAAAGAUGGAUUCCUUCACCUUGCUCUGCUCUGAGGCAAAGGACUAAUAGACUUCCAGUUUGAGAACUGAUGCGUCCGCUGGAUUUAGAAGUACUAGAAGGCUGGGGCCAUUCUUUUUGAUUUGUCUCCCAGCAAAGAUUGGAUCCUUCUAGAAACAUUGGUUUACGUGAUUGCCUCUUCACUAGAGGGCUGGAAUAAAAGAGAAAAAGAGAUAAAUGAAAAAUGAAAAUGGCAGACAGACAAUGUUCAUCAUCCCUCUGAGAUACUCAUCUACAGCCAGGGAUGGCCCGAGCCUCUACUACACUCUUACAUCAAAGAAAAAGAGGAAAAAAAAAGACUCUUCACCUUGUGCAAUCACACAGGCGUUUGGUGUGCUUGUGGAUGUGUGAAUGUGUGAGCCUCUGUGUGUGUGUGUGUGUGUGUGUGUGUGUGUGCGUGCGCAUCUGUCUGCAUGUGUGUAUGAGCUAUUUGUGAGUCCACCUCAGGCACUGGGCUGCUGGGUAUGCAGCCUUAAAAGGUUGUGUUUCUGCUGCCAUCUCUCUCUCUCCCUCUCUUUCCUUCUCUCUCUCUCUCUCUCUCUCUCUCCAUUUUUCUCACUCACACACACUCUUCCUAUCUCUGUUUUGUCUGUGUCUGGAUCAUUCACUAUUGCGGUUCUGUCCAUCUGUAUUCCAUUAUCGAUGCGUUAUCAUAAUUGUUUUCAAAGGAGGAGGCAAAAUGUUGGAGGAGUGUCUCAUUCACAGCCUUUCACAUCCAGCUCAGGGAAUGACCUUAUGCUAUUUGAGAGGGAAGCUGGUUAGCGCUGGCAGUUUUGAGAACAUAAUAAAGCUAUUUAUGCAGUGAGUCUGGCCUCUCACAAUCACCCUGCUGUCUGAGGCUAGUCGAGGUGUGUAUGUGUGUGUGUCAGUGUGUUUGUAUGUGUAAGAGGGCGAGAGAGAGAGAGAGUGAGAGAGAGAGAGAGAGAGAGAGAGAGAGGAGACAGCGAGGCUCAGGCUAGGCAGGGAGGCCCGAGGAGGGGUCAGUCUUACAUAAACUCUCAGCCUGUCUGCCAGUAACAGAGAACUAACACAGCUUAGGGCACCGAGCAGGGAGGGAGGAGAAAUAGUCAUGACCCAGCUAAGUAGUUUACACAGUAAUGGCCCAGAAUGAAAAUUGUACAAAUGUAUGACGCCAUUUUGUUGUCAUACUGGGUUAUAGUAAGUUUCUUUUUGAUGUGUGUGGAUGUGUGUGUGUGUGUGUGUGUGUGUGUGUGAGAGAUGUUUUGGUUGGCAGCUGUCUCUUUUUCCUGUCAUUGUCCUCAGUCACAUGACAGACAGGGUGGCUUUCACACAUGCCAUGAGGGCGAGUCACCAAGCUGACAUUAGGGACAGGGAGGGUCCUGGAGGACCAAACAGGGUCAUGUGGGCGCAGCAUGGCCAGGCUGGGAAUUAGCCAUGAGAGUUAUCUUAUGGUUGUCCCUGUAAAAUUUUGAAUAUUUAAAAGCUGUUGAGGACCUCAGCGGCAGUUUUGCAUGUUUUAGCCCAUUAAAUGCAAAUCGUCUAUACUGUACAUUACUUUCUGACCAUUUUCCAAAGCAUUCCAUUUGUUUUUGGACAGAUUUCCUACCUUCCACGCAGCCACUGGUUUCCAUUUAUUUUAAUGGGGUAUGAAAAUCAUAUUGCAGAGAUGUGAAACUUUCUUCAGAAAGGUAAUCCUUCAAACUGAACAUGUAGCCUCCUGUAUUUAUGUGUCAGUGUCAUUGAUCGAUGUAACCCUUGUCAUCGUGUGGUUGUGCAGCGAGCAGGGUCUGCUUUGAAAACUCUUCCUCGUGGAACUUAAGGAGGCUCUGACAUCUGAGAUUUGAGACUGCCGCAAAGCAUUGCAUUCACAAGCUUUGUUGUGUGGAAAUCAAACUUAAAAGACAAACGAUAAGUACACAACUGCAUUUUAAAAAUGAUGGGAAUUUGUUAGUUUCUUGCACUGAAAUGCUGAUGUUGUUUAGCAGUUGACACACAAUUUCACCUUUCAAAGCUUUCUUGAACAAAACAAGAAACAAUUUUCAGAAAAAGUGCCUUCUCACAAAUUCAUUAUCGUAUGAUAGCAAUGAGCUGGAACUAUGACAGCGAGGUUACAAGUUUCAUUUCAUACUGGACUUAAUAAAUGAAAAUCAAUGGCUUCCUGGAAGAUAGAAAAUCAAUCUUAAAAUGUAUCAGUAUGCUUUGGAAAAUAGUUGUCGGUAUAGAGCUGUAGUUCAUAAGCUUAAAAAUGCAAAACCACUGUUAUGGUCCUUUAAGUCUUUUUCAUUUUUAACCACUUUGGGGCUAUCAGAACCUACACCAGUAACCCUUAUGAGUCAGCUUUGAAAGACUGCGGUUUCAAAUUGGCAAACUUUACGGCUAAAGAGAGGGUUUGUAAGAACAAGCCUUUUGAUUUACUCUUGCAAUUGCAGAACAAAAAUUACCAACCAUCACUCUGACUUCGGGGUUAGACACUGUUUGUGUGCAGCGUUGCACUGAUGACUUUGUCGAAAUACUGCUGUGGAUUAUGAUUAUUCAAUCACACUGUAAGCAUGUGCUGUGAGGCCUGUCGGGUAUUACGAUGGGGAUCAGCUGUUAGUACAGUAGCGUGGGCUGGUACAGGAGUGCACAUGGAGAAAACACACACGCACACACACACUGAAAUGUAGUGUAUGGGUCGAAAGAGGUGGGUAAUACUCACUAUGUGCUGUAGACCUUUGUGCUCUCAGGUCAUCGUAAGUCUAGAGCCAGCAGUAAGCGUUUACUUAAGUCAUGUCCGCAGGUAGUGGUCUAGUCUGAGUUCACAUCAGUGUAAAUGGUGUCAUUCUAAGCUCAGUGUGUGAGACAGCAUUCCCCACUUCCAGCUCAGUCAUGCCUCAUGUCAUAUUGACUGAUGGGAUUCCCUGGAGCUGUAGUGAGAAGUGUAGUCCAAUGUUUGUUUUGGUUGCUCUCUGUUUAAACGCCUGUGUGUAAGUAAGCCUGUGUAAGUGUAUAUGUGUAUAUAUGUUCGUGUGAGUAUGUAAUAUAUAUCUGCGCCCGCAUGUGCAAUGAUCCAAAGUGGAAAACCUGAAUCCUCUGAGAAAUGGCUACCGCAACCUUUUCUCUAGAGAGCAGAAAUAGCAGCAAAGGGUGCAGAAGUGUACACUGUGACAGCAACACUGUCAUUUGUAUGUGUAUUUGUGCAUAAGUGUAUGGGUUUUUUUUCAUGCAUGUGUGUAGCAAUGCCACUGCAUGCGUGUGUAAAACAGUUCAGAUGCUGUUUUUUUCCAGACCAGCUCGUAAACCACAUCUGGGGAAAGAAUUUAGAUUCCUUCCCUCCGUCUUUCUCUGCUGCCUUCCCUUUUCCCCCUGUGUGAUUCCCUCCCUCCUUCCCUGCUCUGGUGAAAAGAAAAAAAAAACAGAAGUCAGCUUCUUUCAUUUUUUCUGUCUUGUGUCCUCAGGCUAACUUCAGCCUGGUUUUAGAGCAGAGAAGAGGAAUGUCUUAUUUUGCCCUGAUCACUAGUGUCUGCAUGGUUUUGCUUUAUAUCUGUCAGAAGGAUAGAAUGAGGGAAGAGGCGAGGGAGAGAAGACUUGCAAAGAAUUGUCCCUGGCUUCGCUGCGCUCCUGUGGGACAACCAACCCAACCCCAGUAGCUGAUUGACAACAACCAACCAGCCCCAACAGACUUCUGUUCUCUAUCUUCCUAUUGGCUGGCUGCCACAGCUUCGCCCAUCCUUACUGGCUCUGGCGGGAGCGUGGAUGGAGCCAAGGGAUCUGGUUGGCUCGGCCCGACCCAAAGAGGCGGAGUUACAGGGAGGCAGGGUGGGGCCAAAUGGGGAGGACCAGGAAGGAGCAGGGGGCAUCGACUUGGCGCGCAGUGAUGAUGUGAUUAACGGUGCCAUCAGUGAAGGGGAGGGGCUUGAGGAGCAGGGGGAGGGGCUUCUGGAGGAGCAGGAGUUCUCCAUCAAGGAAGCGAGUUUCCAGGAAGGAAGUCUAAAGCUGAAGAUUCAGACCACCAAGCGUACCAAGAAGCCCCCCAAGAGCCUUGAGAACUACAUUUGUCCACCGGAGAUCAGGAUGACCAUCAGACCUCCAGUUGGAGAGGGCAAAGGGGGGCGGCAGGGACGAACAGGAGGCGGGGCAGGAGCUGGGCGGGGCCAGAAGGACGAAGAACGAGGACCCCCCAGAAAAAGGACAUAUGAGCGCCAGUUCAGAAUGCCUGAGCAGAGAGAGGGAGGCCUGCUGCAACUACUGGGAGAUCACACUCCGCCUAAACACCAGCUUCGCAGCUCCCUCCUUCCUGCACACACACACUCUCACACACAGCAAACACAGCACACCCUCACGCAACAAUUCCAACACAUCCAUGCACACCAACACCAAAUCAAUCCUGACUGGAUCACGUCUACAGCACCUUCUGCAUCUCCAGCCAAUCCUGCAGAUUCUGAGCCAGCCAGAGAACUGGCAGGAGCAGGUAGAAGCUCUUUGCUCGAUCCAACCCCACUUUUCUCACGAACAGUGACACAAAGCCCCUCACCUCAAAGAUCCCUGACUCCAGACCUGCAGAUGCCAGUGGUUACCGAUGCCAGUAUUCUCAACCUGACCUCUCUCAGCAGGGGGAGAGGUUUGCAAGAGGUCAGUGAACAGCUCUUUGGGAACAUCAAGAGGAAGUACGGCAGGAAGGACUCCCAGAGGAUGCUCUGUAAUCCCCACAGUGCUGAUACACCAUGGGGAAGACCGCCAGAGAAAGGAUCGGAGAGCCCUACUAAUUCAGAAGAGAGGCAGAAGUACAGGCAAGAAGAGACAGCUGAGCGCUUCCAUGAAGAAAGAGAGGAAAGGAGAAAAGAGGAAAGAGAGCGAGCAAUUCCUGGGAGGAGAGGAGAUGAAGAGGACCGAGGGAUGCCCAUGCUGACAGAAGAAGGGAAAGGAAGAAAGAGGCGGAGGAGGCCUUCUUUUGACGAGUCAUUUUCUGUAGAGGAGCAAUCACAGCAACGGCAGGACUCUGACACUACAGAGAAGCACCAGCCUGGGCCCCCAGAACCCAAACUAGCACAUAAGAUGGAGACUCACAAAAAUGAUUCUAGACUCACAAGUCAGGCUGAUGUCAGUGGAGAGAGGACAGAUAAAGGCGAUAAACGGGAAAAGGGAGAAAGGGUUGACAGAGCAGAAAGAGGAGAGACAGUUACGAGUGGGCCUGACCCGGAGUUAGCUUUGAGCAUAAAUAGAAUGAAAAAGAACCCAGUGGGUCGUCCUAAGAUCAGCACAGACGCCCUUAAACACAGAGAGCCCACUCACAACCACAUCAAUAAACCCAAUCUUUCCGCAAAUCCCAGACUACCUAGCCCAAACCCCAGCCCAAGCCCCAGGGGUAGCAUCAGUCCCAGCCCCAGCCCUAAACCCAGGGCUAACAUUAGCCCCAGUCCUAGUCCUAGACCCAGGACGACCCUGAGUCCUAGCCCGAGCCACAGCACGAGCUCCACAGCCAGCUCCAGACCAACCAAGGCCAAGGACAGAUGGUCCUACCUGAAAGCAAAAAGCCACGCCAGCCUCACGUCACCCCAGAGGGACAACCGAGGUAGCCCAUUGGCCUUAGCUGACCCGCCCUCAGCCUUCCCCAUCACCCCUUCUAGCCCGCUCUACACCAACACUGACAGCCUGACUGUCCACACACCCAUUAAGAGGAAACGAGGACGUCCCAAGAAACAGCCCCUCCUAACAGUGGAGACCAUCCACGAAGGCACCUCCACCUCACCCCCAAGCCCACUUGCACAGGACACCUCUGCAGGGCUAAACCGCAGGAGGAAGACACACACACUAAACACAUUAGUGCAAAUGGCUUCCACGACCCCCAGCGCCAAUUCUAACAGUCUGAAACUAAAGCGUGGCAGGGGCCAUUCCAGACCAGUGAAUAAGAUGAAACUUGGGAAAAUGCAGAGCAUCCUGAAUGAGAUCCUUUCAGGUUCCAGUCAGAACGGCACUCUUGCUCUGAAGUCAUCUUCUGCCCCUGUUACGUCAGCUAUGAGUGCUAUGGCAUCUACCAUCGAGGCUCGGCUGGGAAAACAGAUAAAUGUCAGCAAGAGAGGAACCAUCUACAUUGGUAAGAAGAGAGGGCGGAAACCCCGAGCAGAAACCCAAGGCUCCAACCCUCCGAAAGCCACUAGGGAUAAACCCCCCCUGUCUGUGUCCACAUCCAGUCUCUAUGAGAGCCCUGUAGUGCCUUCCACCACCUCCUCUCCCAGCUCCAGUGCUCCAUCCCUAAGAGCCAGCCACUCUGAUGCCACUAUGCCCAGUCUGCAGCCCAUCUCAGCCCUGCCCUCCAAGCCAAUAGGCAGGGGCUUCCUCUCUGGGGGAUGGAAACUGUCUCCUCCACGCCUUCUGGCUAAUUCACCCUCCCACCUGUCAGAGGGCGCAUCAGUGAAGGAGGUGACCCUCUCCCCUAUUAGCGAGUCCCACAGUGAGGAGACUAUUCCCAGUGACAGCGGGAUCGGGACAGACAACAACAGCACCUCAGAUCAAACUGAGAAGGGCCCUGCCUCUCGACGAAGGUACUCAUUUGAUCUGUGUGGGUUUGAGGCUGCGGAGGCAGCUGCUUUGGAAGCAUCCGGCAGGGGCAGCAGAGCACGAUGUGAGCGGCAAGUAACUGCUGUGGACAACUUUCUGUCACAGCAGGAGAAGAAGCAAAAACAUCAUCGGCGGAAGAGGAAGUGCCUACAGACCCGGGAUCAUCUUCACUUUCUGUCAGAACUGGAGGAGGUUGUGUUAAAGCUCCAGCAGCUACGAGUGUCUCACAGACGAUACACCUGCUACCCGCAGCACCCAUAUCCCUCUAUUUUCCGCCUCAACUUCCAUCAUUACUACCCUGUUACUUAUGACUCCUACCCCUGCGACUCCGGAUCGUACCUCCGCAGGAGUGCUGAUCUGAAGGCUAAGAGGAGACGUGGCCGUCCAGCCAAAGCCAGCGAGCCAAUCACAUCAAAGCUGCCUUUUGUUCAAGGAUAUGGUUAUCCGCUGGCAGGGGGAAAUUACUAUGCAGCACCGUAUGCCAUGCCUUACGCACCCCCUCUGAGUCUGGGCUACUUUCCCCCGGCUCCCCAAUUCUACCUGCCCCACCACUCGCUAGGACCUGCACCGCCGUCUCCGUUUAUGAGGCCUGCUGUCCCCCCUCCUAAGGCUUUCCACUCAGGUGGACACUCAAAGCUCCAGCCAGGGGCUAAGCUCCGCAGCAGCAGUGGCCAGCUCCAGGUGCCCUCUGUAAGAGGAGAGGGCUUGGGAUCCCUGGGCAGUGGAAGUGCAGGUGGUCUUGGAGGGGUUCGCCUCCAUAAGAGGAAGCACAAGCACAAACAUAAGCACAAGGACGAACCCCUGCUUUCACCGCGAGACCGGCAUGAGUUGGGUGGGCUCUUCAGUGGAGCUAAGACCAAUGCACGCCUCAGCAUGCUGAGUGACAGGAGGGACUUAGCCAGUCAGGGCUCUUCAAAGCAUCUGGAGAAGCAGCGGGGCAGUGGUAGAGGCUCAAGCCUGGGAUCCAGCUUAGGGAUGUUUGAGUUGGACCAGCUGUCCACACACUCUCUUUCUGACAACCAGUUCCACUCCCGUCAGACUGGACAGCCAAUAAACAGCCUCAUGAGCAGCUACAGUAGCCAAUCGCAGCGGUCAGAGUCAGCAUCUGUCCUCUUUUUGGGGUCACAGGAGGACGAGUGUGGUGGAAGGAGCAGGAAGACAAGGCUCCCUGUGUUUGGAGAUCAGGGCUUAAUGUCAUUCCAAACUGCCAGGCAGGAGCCAGGACAGAUGAACAAGUGCUCCAGUCCCUCCCUCUCUGGUGUUCCUGGUAAGCGGAGGUAUAAGCGACGAGAGGUGGAACAGAUCCAGAAGGAUGUGAGGAGGAUGCAUUCUUUGAACUUUGAGCAUGUGCAGAAGAUCCUCCGUGCCAAGCGCCUGCAGCGACAAGCCAAAACAGGAAACAAUGUCAUCAAAAGAAGGCCUGGACGGCCCCGAAAACAACCCCUAGAAGAAUCAGAGCUGGCCAAUAGGAGGGAGGAACACCGGGCUGAUGGUCGGGUUUUGGACAUGUUGGCCAGUAGGAGAGGUGAUGGGAGGACUCUGGGGAUGCCUGUUCUGGAGAGGUGUGACAACCUGCCAGGUAGGCAGAGCCUCAGGCCAAGUUUGACCCCCGAGCCUCUGGAGUUCUCCAAUCAUGAUUCCAUCUCAGCAACAAUUGAGACAGUGGUGCAUCAAGCGCGGUCUGUGCUGCCGCUGGCCAAAGGAACGAAACGCAGAGGCAGGGGCCACAGCAGGGACGAGUUAUGGGCUCCCUCUAGUCAAUAGACCUGCAGGAGAGAGCAACUCUGUAAAUGAACGGAGAACGGUUUAAGGAGUCAGUGCUGUUUCAAGCCUAUCAGAUGCAGUGCCCUUAAUUCUGGCACUCCUCGGUGCACUUUGGCUUGUUUCUCCUCUCUGAUUUUUUGUGAGGACUACAGUGGGUCAGUGGAGGAGCAGGAGGAGGGAACACUUCCAGUGCCAUCCCUCUGUUUGCUAAACCCAACCAGACAUGAGCCUUUCAAGGAUUCAUUGGACCUUCAUUUAAUAUGGCACUAUAUGGUACUAUUUGAUACUGAAUCUGAUGCUAUAAAAAUGUGUGGUACUUAAGAUAGUGUAGGAUAUUAUGUGAUUCUUUAUGUAUCUGAUACAGUGAUGUGUAUGGUACUUUAUGAUACUGUAUCUGAAUGUGGCUUCAGCCAUAUAUUUACCAGCAAGGGGAGGGGGAAUGGUUAAUAUAAAACUGUGCAGCUCUGCUUAUUUUUGCCUUUCUGAGGAAGUUUGUCAAAGACAUGUGGGAUAAUACAGCAGUAAUUAAGCCACCUUACCCCUAUUCCUUAUCCCUUUUUUUGCUCUCACCCCCAUGUACCUUCCUUGUUUUCUUGCUUUCUCUGAGGAGUAACUGAUUCUUCCUGGCUGCUCCUCACCCCUGGUCCCACUCCCUGCUCAACACUCACCCCAAUUCUUUAGCUCUCCUUGUUGCCUGGCACUCAACACCCUCCCCCUUUGUCCUCUCAUCUACUCCCAAUCAUGUUUUACAUCUCCCAUCGCUUGUGCUCCUUCAACCUACCCCCCGUCUCCAUUUAUUUCUCCUUCCCUGCUCAGGCCUUUCCUGGGCAGUGACAUAAAGGCAAUAUGGUGGAUGAGACUGUCCCAGACUGUACAUAGAAACAAAGUCCACUGUUGCCUGCCUUGUACAAUGGGAAACCAGCUCAUAGACAUGUACUGGCAUACAGUAUAUCAAAUAGAAUUGUUGUACCAUAGACAAUGAAAGUUGUGUAUUGUUUUAUAACCAAAAACAGACAUGGGUGCGACUCAAGACAAGUUUGUUUUCAGACAGAAAGAACCACAUGUAUUCAUUCAUACACUCAUUAUUAUGUUUAUAUCCAGGGGGCAUUGCAUACAGGAGGAAUAUCAGGUGUGUUUUUGGUAAACCUUAAAAUUGGUUUAAUGCACUAUGAAAAACCAUACACUUGCAUCAAUCAAAUGCAGCACUUACAUGCUUGUUCCAGCCUUAUGUUUUGGCCUUCGAUGGUGUGGAUAUCCAUUCCAGAGAGCAUGCAUUAUUUUUAAUCAAUUUGUAUAUGCAGGCUGCGCAGCCAAAAGCGUCAAACCGAAGCCCAGAGUCUGAAUUGAUUGGACAGUUCAGCAGAAGAGGGCUCACAGUCAGUGUUUUGAAAGCUAAUCCCAGUCUUUAUACUUUCAGUUAAUAGCCUUGGAAAAUAUUUUUGGGAAAGUAAAUCAAAAAUCCAGUAUUUAGAUUUAGAAACCAAAGUCUCAGUAUUCAGUGUGAGGAUGUAUAAUUUAAAAAAAAAAAUCUAAAUCAGAGUUUGACAAACUCUCCACCAUGUUGGCACCAAUGUAAAGCAUUCCUAUGUGCACUCUAGAAUGUAGCCAUCUUGGGUUUCUUUGUGUCAAUAUGUCAAGUCUUUGUUAAACUCUACCUACAGAAGUGGUUUCUCAAAUAAGUAUUUCAGAAUAUAAGCAAUGGAUCAGUGUUUCUUUGGCAACUGUGUUCAAGUUCUGUUUCAGGAGAUUCUGUUUUCUUCGGGCGGGGUGGGAUUCUCAGUUGCAGCAGUUCAACUUGUGCCUUAUGUUUCUUUCUCUCACCAACUACAUUUGUCCUGAGAAAUAUCAAGUGGCAAAGAGUAUCCCAGAAUUUGAUCCAAAAUGUUCAUGAUUGUUCAUAUGACGCAUGUGUCUUAGUUAUCAGAAACCCCGACACUGUUCUUUCACAGCUUCCAAAGUCAACAUCCUCUGUCACCGAGAACUGUCUCCCAGCUUCCUCCUAGCUGUUUGACCCAUAUCAUCAAAACAGAACUAGAAGGGCUGGACUGAUGAAGAUGAUAUGAUAUUGUGGUAUUAAAUACACAUCACAGACUGGCCUACAUACUGCAUUGUUAGGCUUUUUAGCAGUGGUGGAAACAGAAAGGUCCACUGUAUCAGAUGUGUUUCUAUCCAGUGAUAUUGAUUGUACUCAAUGUCCCAGAUACAUAAUUGAAGAUCACUUACUCUGCCCAGUAAAUAACCGGUUAUUUACAACCUAUAACUGGUUAUAUGCUUGGCAGAGGAGGAACAGAGGAGGUUGUCAUGGAAACCACGUUCUCAUACAUUGUUGUUUGCUAUGCAUCAGGCCAUGCCUGGCAAUGACCUUAAAAGGAAUUUCUGUUCUGGGUCCACCCUUCAACAAAGAGAAAUAAGUGGUCUUAUUUACUGAAUAAAAUGAAUUCAUGUAACAAGAAUUGUGAAUAAUACCAGUAAUAAUUUGUAAUAAGUUGUGCAGAAAGUGACUAUCAUUUCAUGAAAACUAUAGUUACUGCAACUCUAUGCAGUACAGCCUUAACCAGAUGUAAAACUACAGUAUUGAAGUGUUUGUUGUAAAUAGUGUUAGUAUGUCCAUCCUGCAUGGAUACCCGCUGGGCUCGGCUAUGCUGGGACUGUCUCCUAAAACCACAGUAGACCUUCUCUCUGUAUCAAGACUGCUCUAGACCCAACACAUGGUUGAAGAAAUGACCACGGUUUUACUCUAAUUGAUUUUUCUAUUUGACAAAUUCUGCUGUACAUUGACAGUCAUCGUUCCAGUCAGUUAACUUACACAGAAUGCUAAAAUAAUUGCCUUAUUACACCUUUGAAGUUCUUGGAGGAUACAAGCCCCGCUAGUAGUAUACUCGACCAAAAAUAGGAAUCCCUGCUGACUAGCAGCUAUUUUGCCUGCAGCCAGUUGGGGCAGUGCAGUAGCAUGAAGAGAAAGCGAAAGGAACCUGAACCUGUAUGUGUGUGGAGUUCUCAGAGGAAAUAGCCAAAAAUACACACGUCCUAACGUUAGUGCGCUUAACCUUGCUUUGCUAGAUGACUUUCCGCUGGUCUGCAGUCUGUUGUGGUGAAGAUGAGGUCUAGGUAUGUGGUGUGAGAGUCGUAGAGAGUACACACGCUUUGCAGCGUACUCCUCUAUACUGUGGUCAGUCAGCGGUCUCUGAUGCUAGAGUUUAAGACCCCAGGUGUUGUCUGUCCUGUCUGUCUCUCCUACCAGCCAAUGCUCCGGUGCCUUCUAACACUGACAAGUAUUGUCCUAAUCCAGAGCUUUCACUCUACACAGAGACUGCAGAGGGGAUGUGGUUGUGAAUAGGGUUCAAGGUCACUGUUGUUGUAUUGUAUUUAGCAGCUAAUCUGGACCAGUGGCUACAGGACGCCACUAAGCACUGAUGUAAGGAUCUUUAACCUUGUCUUUGGUCCAUACAUCAAGGACAAAGUGUUAGUAUUUGACCUUAGAUCAGUGGUAGGAGUGCAUUUACUGUGGUGCACACCUACCAGUUCACUACAGCAACUAGGAUGAGAUAUAAUGGCACCUAAAUUUUGAUCACCCCCCAUUCCCUAUGUAGCGUGCUGUGAUGAGUGUCCUACACAUGGAGUGAGGGGUCACGUGAGACAGAGCCUCAUAAAUGUACAUGUAGUCAUCCUCACAGCAUAUGUUACAGUUCUAAGCUAUAAUGUUGUUCAAAGCUGAAAAUGCAGAUGAAGCAUUGAGAAAACCAAUAAAUGUACUUCUUUAGAGCACAAAGUGAGCUCUUCUAACAGUGUGGGCAUAUUUUAGUUUGUAUACAUAGUGUAUUUGAACCUUUUUCUAGAGUGGGUUUCCUUUAUUUGCAUGCUCAACUUGAUUGUAUGCAUAAAUAUUUUAGACAAGCUGAAAGUUGAAUUUCAAUUGAAUUUGGAGCAAGACUUGUAUAUUGUUUGAUAUGUUUCUUUUUGUAAUGAAUUUUUUAAUUCAUGAAGCAUUUUUGUACAUUGUAUGAAUAUUAAAAACUGCAAAUAUUUGACAUAUAGAGUAAAUACUAGAUGCGCAUGCAUAUGCAUAUAUCCUUCACAGUAUGUAUGUGUAAAUGUACACAUAUAUUUUGUAUUUGCAUUUGCUGGCAUACAGAUAUAUGUCUUAAGCACAUAUAUACAUGCAAUAUAUAUGUAUAUCCAUGUCUGCUGGCAUGCUUUUGGUCAUGUUUAUCUUUCAUGAUCUUGUAGGUUCAUUUUUAUGUUUUUUAAUUUCUCUUUCCUCAGAAAGAAAAGCUCAUUCUUUUGCUACCCUUCUGUUGGCUGGCAGCGUUGAGCACUUAUUAAGAAGAACUACAGUUGAAGUUGUUCAUGUUAUCCAUUGUGUGAAAUAAUAAAUGACUUUAUUGACAGCUAA